ACAUCAGGAAAUCAACUUCCCUUAGUGACAUUUUUACGUAAAUUCACGAGUGACUCAACCACGUCAUGGCAAUUCCAUUCUACGAAGAUGAGCAUGUCUCAAAGUCCGAGCCCAGCGGUGAUCAGGUGGAUAGUCCCAUGGCCUUCUCCAUUGAUCCGGGACAUGACCAAGUGGACUUUGAAGGACCACCAACUCCGGCGGCACAGGCAGUACCACCAGGAGCGGGUGCAACAAGUGAACCAGUGGCCACUCCCAGUGCCGAGGAGCAACUGCUCGCCUGGAAAAUCCUCGCCAUUGCCAUGUGCAAGGUCCUCAAGCAGUUCUACCAACAGCACAAGGCGGCGGGAAAAUCCAGCAAGUUGAAGGCCACCGUUCAGGUUCAGCCGCAGGCGCAGUAAAAUUACAGAAAAAACAACAAAAAACCAAAUAACACCAACUAAGGCUCCUAAAAGCGCAACUUGUGAUUACUUUACGUUGGUGAGAACUAGCGCAGCCCCCCGAAAAUCCCCCGUGAGAGAGAGAGAAUGAGCGAGACAGUGACAGAGAAAUGUGAAUCAAUUUCCCAAGGAAAAACCCAGAAAAAUUAAUCACUUUUUGUAACCAAGUAUUUUCUUUGUCGGAAAUUAUUCCCGCCAAUAAUUUCUAAAUUGCCGUCGCAAUGCAACACUAAACUUUGGAUAAGCGCAAAUGUGAUAAAUAAUUUUGCUAAAAAUAUUUCCAGUCCAAAUAUUUGUUUAGUAAGCCUAACUUAAUUUAAUUUAACUGAUUAAUUAAGCUAAGUUCUCUUCGAAGGUCGGCCCAGUGCAAAGUUAUAAUGAAGCGAAAGUCCCAAGAAAACAAGAAAAAAAUUCUGGAAAAGAUAUAGAGUCUAAAUUUUGUAAGCAGCAGCUAGUUUUCAAGCAGAAACCAACUUAGUUAAUAAGCCAAACUUUUCUAUAUAAACUAUAUCUAUCUACGAAU